AAAAUGGAACUCACUUGGUUUUGGCUUACUGUCGUGGCCAUUUUAGCUGGUUCUUUUGUUUCGUUGGCGAGGAGGAGGAAGAAGACGGGAAGACUGCCUCCAGGUCCAAAUGGGAUCCCUAUUCUGGGACAUCUACACAUGCUGGGGAAGAAUCCUCACCAAGAUCUGCAAAGAAUUGCCAAAGACCACGGCCCCAUUAUGUAUAUGCAAUUUGGAUUCGUUCCAAACAUCGUUGUCUCAUCUCCUGAGGCAGCUGAGAUUUUCCUCAAGACGCAUGACCUUGUUUUUGCCAGCAGACCACCUCAUCAGGGCUCUAAAUAUGUGUCAUGGGAUCAGAGGAACUUGUCGUUCGGGGAGUAUGGUCCAUACUGGCGGAACAUGCGCAAGUUAUGCACCUUGGAGCUGCUCAGCAACCAUAAGAUCAAUUCUUUCCAACCAAUGAGAAGGGAAGAGAUUGGUCUUUUUGUUGAAUCCAUCAAGGAAGCUUCCAGACUACAUGUUGCUGUCGAUCUUAGUGCCAAGGUCUGGUCCCUGACUGCAGAGACAGGCUGCAGGAUGGUGUUUGGCAAGAAAUAUGAUGACAAAGACAUAGAUGAGAGAGGCUUCAAAACUGUGAUCCAAGAAGUGAUGAAACUAGCUGCAGCUCCCAAUUUGGGUGAUUACUUUCCUUUCCUUGGAGUCCUGGAUCUCCAAGGUCUGACAAGGAAGAUGAAGGCACUUGCAGAAGUUUUUGAUGAUUUCUUUGAGAAAAUUAUAGAAGACCAUGUUCGAGCAGGGGAUCGUCAUGACCAGACCAAAGAUAUCGUUGAUACCAUGAUGUCCAUAAUGCAAAGUGGUCAAGCUGAAUUUCAGUUUGACCGGCGUCAUGUCAAGGCCAUUAUGCUGGACUUGCUCAUAGGUUCAAUGGACUCAUCAGCAUCAUCAGUUGAGUGGAUACUUUCAGAACUGAUGAGAAACCCAACAGUUAUGAAGAAACUACAGAAAGAGUUGGAACGAGUGGUGGGAUUGAAGAGGAUGGUUGAGGAGUCUGACCUGGACAAACUCGAAUAUCUCGACAUGGUUGUAAAGGAAACCUUCAGGAUGCAUCCAGUGGCUCCACUGUUGGUUCCUCACUAUGCAAGGGAAGACAGCAAGGUUAAUGGCUAUGACAUACCAAAAGAAUCAAGAAUACUCGUCAACACAUAUGCAAUUGGCCGUGAUCCAAAUGUAUGGACUGAUCCGGAGAUGUUCAUUCCAGAGAGGUUUUCUGGCAGUGACAUUGAUCUUAGGGGACAACAUUUUCAGCUCCUUCCAUUUGGCUCUGGGAGGAGAGGUUGCCCCGGAAUCCAACUGGGGCUCAUCCAAGUUCGACUGAUCGUGUCACAGUUAGUCCACUGCUUCGAUUGGCAGCUGCCAAAUGAUAUGUCGCCAGAGGAGCUGGACAUGAAUGAAGAAUUUGGCCUUGCUGUUACAAGGGCCAAUCAUCUCAUGGCAAUCCCUACCUUUCGGUUGCAUAACUAACUUUGUAACCAAACUAGUAAGAACAUGCUAAAUAAGUACUCAAAGCCAGGUGCAUGUAUCACAAGGAUAUGAGAUAUCAAAAUUAUUUCAGCUGAAAUUAUAAAUCAUGCACUCUUCUCCAA